AUGCUUCUGUUGAGUUCUCCAUUUCCCCAUGCAAUCUUACGACUCAGGCAACCCAACAGUCACGAAUAUCAGCUCUCGUUCAUCGUCCAGCAGCUUUCAAUCGUGAAAUUGUCCAGCAGCUAUCUCGUUCAUCGUCCUUCAGAUCUUCAGCUCUCGUUCAGAAAUCGUCCAGCAGCUCUCGUUCAUCGUUCAUCGUUCUUCAGCUCUCGUUCAUCGAGAAAACGUCCAGUAGCUCUCAUUCAUCGUUCUUCAGCUCUCUUGUUCGAAGUCCAGCAGCUGGACAUUGCUCAACAUUUUAUGGAGAUUGAAAUGGAGAGCUUGAAUUCAGUUGUAGGCAGCAAUGAACAAAUUUACAUACCACAUGUUAUAAAUGCAUCGGACAGUGAUUUUGGGGAAGAUGGAAUGGACGAAGUUAGCUCUAUUCCUUUUGAAUCACCAGGUGGUGGUAUGUAUUGGAAACCUCGGGUUGAAGCUGAAGUUAAACCUUAUCUAAACCAAAGCUUUCGCUCACUAGAGGAUGGUAUAGAGUUUUACCGAGAGUAUGGACGUAAAAGUGGGUUUGAGAUCAGACGGCAUACGGAGAAGAAACAUGAGGACGGUACAGUUCUUCUUAAACACAUUGUUUGCAGUAGAGCUGGCAGCAAUGAAUCAAAGAUGGAUGUUGAUAUUGAUGAGUCUAGUAGCAUUUUGAAAAAGAGAAGGAGAACUGUAUCUAGUAGAUGUGGUUGCAAAGCUAAGGUCGUAUUUAAGUUUGAUGGUUUGAAAGGAUAUAAUGUUCUCUCAUUUGUUGAAGAGCAUUCUCAUUCUUUGGUCUCCGGUAGUGGGAAACAAUUUUUGAAGUCAAAUAGAGUUCUCGGUCUCGCACAUAAGAAACUUGUAUUUGAUGGAGCAAAAGCCAACAUGGGGCCUAACAAAACAUAUAACUUUGCUAAAGAGUUGUGUGGAAGUUAUUCUAAUGUUGGUGCUACUUGUACCGAGUUUAAAAAUUGGAGUAGGGAUGUGAAGCUUUAUAUUGGUGAUCGAGAUGCUCAAAUGAUCAUCGAGAAGUUCACGGCUAAGAAGGAGAUGAGUGAUGGAUUUUUCUAUGAUUAUGCAGUCGAUGAAGGUGGUCGAUUAACUCGCAUUUUUUGGGCAGAUGUUAUUGGUCGAAGAAAUUACGAUGUAUUUGGAGAUGUGAUAUCAUUUGACUCUACAUAUUCCACAAACAAGUACAACAUGAAGUUUGUUCCAUUUACUGGUCUCGACAAUUAUAAGAAGUGUGUUGUAUUUGCAGCAGGAUUGAUAGCUAAAGAGGACAUUGAUAACUAUGUCUGGAUUUUUGAGGUAUUCAUGAAAUGCAUGAUUCGCGAGCCAAAGUGUAUUGUUACAGAUCAGUGCCCUGCCAUGAAGCAAGCUAUACCAACUGUCUUUACAGAAGCACGUCACCGCUUGUGCAUGUGGCACAUAAUGAAGAAAUUUAACCAAAAGUUGGCAAAAUGCAUUUCGAAGAUGGAUGAUUUCAAGAGGAAGAUCAAUGCACUGAUUUGGAGUGUAGAUAUAGAUCCAGCAACAUUUGAAGUAGGUUGGAAAGAUGUUAUGAAAGAAUAUAAGCUUGAAAGUAAUGAAUGGUUGUGUGAACUGUAUAACAUUCGGGAGUCAUGGAUUCCAGCCUAUUAUGCUGAUGAUCCAUUGGCUGGUUUAUUGCGUACUACAUCAAUAUCAGAGAGUGAGAACAGUUUUUUUGACAAAUUCAACCGUAGAUCUGACACAUUGACAGAAUUUUAUCUCCGAUACGAGAGUGCUAUGGAGAAGCAAAGGCAUACAAACGCAAGAUUAAACUAUGAAGGAACGAAGUCGAUGCCAAGAAUGGACGGGCCAUUGUUAUUGGAGAGGGAUGCAGCAGAGUUGUACACUCGAACAAUGUUUUAUGAGGUACAGAAAGAGAUAAUGUCAUCCUGUUAUGAUAUGAGUAUCAACAGUAUAUCAGAAGAAGAUGGUGUGAAGAUUUUUUCCUUAAAGGACAAAAAGAGACAUGGAAAAAUAUUUGAGGUAAAACUUAAUAAUGGAGAUUGA